AGCGUAAACUACAGACGACGAUGAGCCAUUCGCGGACAAGUGACAAGUGACAGAUCGGGCGUAAACGACAGUUUAUUGAUUAAUUGCACAGCGCGGUGCAAAGGAUGCUGAAGACAUCGCCGUCAGUCGACCAUCACGUCCAGCUACGAUGAAGGACAUACUUCUAAUAGUUUUGCUUCACCUGUGCUGGAAUUCUCUCCCGGAAGUGUGUUCCUCGAGCUCAUUCAGCGAGGAUGUCAAUAAUUGCACUAUGACGUCGAGACUAAUUCUACCAGAACGUUACGUCAAAGAAAUUAGACCGCCAUCAGAAAAGGGUGCACCUGUAGUAGUAAACUUCAACAUUUUAGUAGUUGACAUUAAUUCCAUCAAUGUGGAAGAUAUGGAUUUCCGUGUGGACAUGUUUGUCAGUCAGAGCUGGAUAGAAUCUCGAUUUGAUAUGUCACAAAAUAUUUUUGAGGAUGACGACGAUUAUCUUAUACUUCCACCAGAAUUCUUCGACAAUCUUUGGCAACCUGAUCCAUAUUUUUUAAAUUCAAAGGUUUCUGAAAUUGCGACAUUGAACCACAAGUUUUCACUGGUCACGUUAUAUCGAAAUAAAACCAUCAAGUAUUCUGCACGAAUUAAUGCUAUUGUCGCCUGUCAGAUGGAAUUUCAAUUGUAUCCAAUGGAUAUUCAAAUCUGCCCAAUUUACAUAGAGAGCUUUUCCUACAAUCGAAAGAAGUUACAAUUAAAAUGGGGUGCGGGUGGUGUUACGGUGAAUCCCGAACUGAAGCUCUUGCAAUAUGACAUCGGAAAACCUGCAGUGUUUGAAGAGACUAUAGAUUAUAUGCUCGAAAAAAAUGGAAAUUUCUCGCGGCUAGUGUUCUUUUUUCGCUUUGAGAGACAGAUCGGUCACCACUUAAUACAGACAUUCGCGCCCUCAACUCUGGUAGUGAUGCUUUCUUGGUUCAGUUUCUGGCUGGGCUUGGACGCGAUUCCUGGUCGAGUGGCUCUUCUGGUCACGAGUAUGCUUACACUAGUGACGAUGUUCACCGGACUCAAGAGUGACAUUCCGCCAGUGGCAUACAUCAAAGCAUUGGAUGUCUGGAUGGCUGGCUGCAUGAUGUUCGUAUUUGCGGCUUUAGGUGAAUUCGUCGUCGUCAAGGUGCUCGAUGUGCGACAUGCCGAGAAUGAUUCACAAAGUUCCACGGGACUUCGUUCGUUUUCGCGGUUGACGACGAAUAAAGGACCGAGCAUAUGGGACGACGAGUUCAUUUACAUGACUAAAUCGAAAAAUAAACGAACUGGUGGGCGUCAUCUGCUGCCAACACUAUGGAUGCCAGAUCCUAGAUAUCAGACGCGUAAAACGCGCUCUCAGAAAAUAGAUUGCUAUAGCAGAAUUGUAUUUCCUAUACUUUUCUUACUUUUUGUUGUUUUAUACUGGCCGAUAGUAUUGCUUAAAAAAGCGCCAUAAUAAUAAAACGACGCGAAUUUCAAUUGUAAAUAUUUCCGUAUAAAUGCCAUCUAUAAUUGAAAUUUCUUUCAUAUCUAUUGAGAUGAAUCAGUGUCGAUUAGAUCAAAUUAGAAAUGUAUCAAAAAUUUAUAGAGAUGGGAUAUAUAUUUUUAUCCGGAAUUU